AUGCUGACAGAUGCCUUUCAGCCGCUGCAGCUCCGGGCUUUGAAGAAGCUCUACGAGAACUGGCUCAUGGACCAGAACCUGUCCAUAUAUUUCAGCUCAGAUCAAGAUGCUAUGAUUCUCGAUGAGUUGGUAUUUCUGGAAGACGCCGGCACUGAAACGACCAAGCAAGAUGAUCGGGAAAAAGUUAUGUACAUGGUCGACAAAGGAGCUUGA